AAAUGUAACCUGAGGGGCAGGCAGAGGAGGAUCAGCUGUUGUAAGAGCAACCAAGGCAGCCCCACGAGCUGUCAGAUCCUCUCCUUCUCCUCUUCCCCAUGGCUUUCUUAGACAAAUGUCAUUGUGCUGUAGAUAACAGGAGGCAUGGUAGCAUCUUGUACAACAUCCUAAAAAAUGAGGAGCACAGGGAUUCACACCACAGCAGCAAAAUGCGGAAGGAAGAUCACAGCAGGUCAUAUGGACAAGGAUGUUCCUGUGGAUCACAGAAGAAAGUCACACUUAAGAGCCCCCAGGUGACAUGCAAGGCAGCAUCAGCUGUGCUGGUGAAGACCCUGAGGUUUGUGAAAAGUGUGCCAUGCUUCCAGGAGCUGCCCAUGGAGGACCAGUUACUGCUUGUCAGGAGCUGCUGGGCACCACUGCUGGUGCUGGGACUUGCCCAGGACAAGGUGGACUUUGAGACAGUGGAAACAUCAGAGCCCAGCAUGUUGCAGAGGAUUUUAACCAACAGGCAAGGAGGAGAGAGAAAACUUCCUCAUGAGCAUGCACAGCAAGACUUAUUAAUUGGGAACAGCCAGCAUCAGCAGCAGACUAAACUCUCCCAACUGCCUUCUGCUACAGAGAUCAGAUGGAUCAAAGAGUUUUUAGAGAAGUGCUGGAGCCUGGCCAUUAGCACCAAAGAAUAUGUCUAUCUGAAAGGGAUUGUACUGUUUAAUCCAGAUUUACCUGGAUUGCACUGUGCUCAGUAUAUUCAAGGGUUACAACAAGAAGCCAACCAAGCUUUAAAUGAGCAUGUAAAGACGAUCCAACGAUGGGACCACGCUAGAUUCACCAAGCUCAUAAUAGUUCUCUCCUUACUACGGUCCGUCAAUGCCAAUGCUAUUUCUGAACUGUUCUUCAGACCCAUCAUCGGCACUGUGAAUAUGGAUGAUAUGCUGUUGGAGAUGUUGGGAGCAAAAAUAUAGCUGUAACCUGCAAAGACUAACUGCAGUACAAAAAGAAAGAUACAAACUAAAAUGUGUAUAUAAGUCUAAGACGACAAAGGGGCAGAUGCACAGUUAGCUACUCAGUUACUUGAGUUUUUGUGCCCUCACUUUUGAAAUAUGUGGACAUUCUGUACACUAAAAGCUUUUGUAGUAAUUUGCUUGAUCCAAAUGGGAUCAAAUGUUUUUUUUUAGCUUUUCUUAAACUUUUACAGAAAAAAAUAGCACUAACUGAUUUAUUUAACAAACCUCAAUAAUGGUGUGCAAAGUACAGCAACUCAUAGCUUUCAGUUUA